AUCUCAUCUCUAUCUUUCUAUACAUUUUGCAAACAUCUUAUCUCCUUACAUAGCCCUGACAAAUGCCCAUAUCCACCAACACUCUUGUGUCAUGUUUGAAACAACGAGUCCCCGUACAUGAUUUUUUCGAUGACAUUGAUUCUCUGUCCUUAUCAAUUGAAUCGCAAAAUAAAAUUUUGUCGGUAAUGUCGCCAAUUGUUACUCAAAACCCAUAUUAUGCUAAACUUUUUUUAAAACGUUAUAUUGAUAAAUUGGAACAUUUUGAUCAUCCAGAUCAUGAAGUAUUGGAAGAAUUCUAUGAAUUAUACCCCACUGUCAUGGGAGCCCAAGAAUUAGCUCCUACCGAUUCUGAUAUAGUUUGUUAUCAAGUUUCAAAUGAGUGUGAAGUUUGGAUUAAAGAAUACCCGAAACUCAUUUCCGGUCAAGGAACCACGGGACUUCGCACUUGGGAAGCUGCACUUUAUUUUGCAGCGUAUUUAAACAAUGUUAAUAAUAAUGAUAUUUGCCUUGCUAAUAAGACCAUCUGUGAACUAGGAACUGGUACUGGACUUCUUCUGGUAUCCUUGGUGAAAAACUCCGAGACUUUGGGUAACAUUAAAGAGGUGAUUUUCACUGAUGGAGAUUCACAAUUGAUUGAAAAUUUGAACGGAACUUUUGAAUUAAAUUCGGUCAAACAACAUCAACAAAAUUCCAAUUCCGACCAGCCAAUUAUAAAUUGUCACCAACUUCUUUGGGGGACCACCAAUGAACAAGAUAAGGAACAAUUUCUUCAGCCUGUUCCAUCAGGAGUGGAUUAUGUAAUUGCUGCAGAUGUGACGUAUGACACAACCAUUUUGCGGCCAUUAUGUAGUACAAUUCUGGAUUUCUUUGCAUCAGGCACCACUAUGGCACUUAUUGCAGCAACAGUGAGGAAUGAAAAGACUUUACAUGAAUGGGAAUUAGAACUUACCAAAUGGUUUGGGAAGGACCGUUGGAAUGUUCGUGAACGUGUUGCCAAACCAGAAGAGUUACAAGAUCAAACUCUUUGGUUUAGAAAGGGAACGGCAGAGAUCAGAAUUUAUGAGAUCCGUAAGUAGAAACCCUCUUCCCUACGGGGUAGGCAAGUCGCUCCGCUGGCCCCUGCUCGGGGAGAGCCACUGCGUGGUGCCUUGCUCCUCUUCGAGGAGGAAUUUUACAGGACUGGAAAACGUUUACAGAGGCCAGACAUGUGUUGGAGAAGCCUCACCGGGGCCACCUACUCGCUGGAAAAUGGCUACACUAUUGUAUCAGGGCGAGAGGAAAUUAUAGAAGCGAUUCAGAGAUGCCCAAAAUACGGAAACCCCACGAAGGUGUCUGAAAUA